AUGAACAUUCUACAACUUAUCAACAUCGCACAGAUCCUCGCUGGCAUCGCCUAUGCCCUGUACACAAUGUGCAGGAAUUAUAUCCAGCUCAAUCAGAGGAUGCGAGCACAGGCAGUGCGGAAGCCCAAGUAUGUCGCGGGGUUCCAGGCCGCCCAUGGAUACGCACUGCCAUCACCAACGCGGGCCUCCUGGCUGCCCAUGCUGGCGUGGGGGUCUCACAUCAUAGUCAUCUACAUGUGUGGGCUUCCUUGCUGGCCACGGACUCCCCAGUGUGAGUCUUCUGUAUGUCUAUCGUACAUGCGGGGUUUCUGGAAGGCCACUAUGUUCACUCCACUACCGUGGGCAUCCUGGCAGCCCAUGCUGAUGUGCAGGAGUCCAUUCGUGUGCAUCGCACGUCGUGGUGAGUCCUGGACCAUCGUGCUGACUUGCUUUCACCCACAGGACUUCUCAUCCUUAUACAUUGCGUACUUACUCAUAUCAUGGGCUUCCAAGCUGCCCGUGGUGAAGGGAGAGGCCCAUAUUGUGUGGCCUCCAUGCGUGGGCGUCCUCGCAGCCCACCAUGACUGGGGUACAUACUUUAUACGUAGCAUACACCCCACCACAAACACGGGCUUCCUCGCUGCCCACACUGACAUAGCGUGGCCAUCCAAGCAGCCCAUGCUUGUACUGAGAGUGUUUCGUUACUCCCAAGCAAGUGUGGGCGGCCUGGAUGGCCGUGCUGAGUGA